GCUCCAGCCCCAUCCCCAUUCUCAACCACUCCCCCUUCCUCAGUCCCUGCUCCAGCUAGUGGGUCAAAGCCUGUGCCUCAGGCUCUCUCCAAGGGCUACCAGGAAGGACAAAUCGUAACUAGCUGGGGAAACCUUAUUGCAAUGGUUCUUAGAAGCCACCCCUUCCCCAGGCAAGAGAGGUCCCAAGAGAGUUCCCCAAAGGGAGUUCCUGGAAGACCUACAGAUAUUCGCACUUGCAUGUGCUCUGAGGAUAGACAUCUCAAGGAGAGGCACAGCUCUUCAGCAGGGAAGGUCACAGGGGCAGGCAUAGAGGGCCUGGUUGAGGCUGGAUGUCAGCCACAGCCAAGAAGCUCCAAGACCAAUAGGGCUCCCAAGCCAGGCUCUCCCCCAGGCCCAAGAGGACAGGAGACCCAGGAGAAAAGUCUAGACUCACUGUCUGGUGCUCUAAUGCUGAGUCCCCACUCCCAGCCCCCUGUGCAGAUGCAAUCUGGCUCCACACCAUUCCCUGCUGUGAGGGGGGACUCACAGCCUGUUCCCCAGCCACAGCCAUGGAAACACAGCCUGUGUGAAAUAGACCAGAGCUCUGAGCAGGAGGUUGGCCAGGCAGUCCCAUGGCACCAGGGGGAGGCACCAGGAAAGGGGGUCAGUGCUGUAGGGAGCUCUGGGCUGCUCACAGAGAAGCAGAAAGAAGCUCAAAAACUCAUGGUUUUUCUGCAGAAGCCCAGGACCUGGGGGGUAGUGGAGGGGCCCCGGCAGCUCAGUUCACAGGCCCUGGAGCCUGCCACUGCAGUGGCUCUGCGGCAGCGGCUUGACCUGGGCAGCUGCCUGGAUGUGCUGGCCUUUGCCCAGAAGCACAGGGAACCCAGCCUGGCCCAGGAGACCUACGCUCUGAUGAGCAACAACCUGCUGCGUGUGCUGGGAGACCCUCACCUGUACCGGCAGCUGAGUGGGGCUGACCGGGAGCGCAUCCUGAGUCUGCGCACAGGCCAGGGCCAGCCGGUACUGGGGGUCCUUGUGCUACCCAGCCUUUACCAGGUGAGCCACUCAGGGCUCACAAGGGGCGCUCAUGCAGAGGAGGCUCCUGUGGCAGGGCCUGCACCCCUGUCUCCUCGCAUGCACCUACACGUGUUCAACCCCCAAGAGAACACAUGGCGGCCCCUGACCCAGGUGCCCGAGGAGGCCCCGCUCAGGGGCUGUGGUCUCUGCACCAUGCACAACUAUUUGUUCCUGGCUGGGGGCAUCCGUGGCUCUGGUGCCAAGGCUGUCUGCUCUAACGAGGUCUUCUGCUAUAACCCUCUGACCAAUAUCUGGAGCCAGGUGCGGCCCAUGCAGCAGGCCCGAGCCCAGCUCAAGCUGGUGGCUUUGGACGGGCUGCUGUAUGCCAUCGGGGGCGAGUGCCUGUACAGCAUGGAGUGUUACGACCCCCGCACAGACUCCUGGACCUUGCGUGCGCCCCUCCCUGCAGGCACCUUCCCUGUGGCCCAUGAAGCUGUGGCCUGUCGGGGGGACAUCUAUGUCACAGGGGGUCACCUCUUCUACCGCCUGCUCAGGUACAGCCCCAUGAAGGAUGCUUGGGAUGAGUGCCCCUACAGCGCCAGCCACCGGCGCUCCAGUGACAUUGUGGCACUGGGAGGCUUCCUGUACCGCUUUGACCUUCUGCGGGGUGUCGGUGCUGCAGUGAUGCGCUACAACACGGUGACGGGCUCCUGGAGCCGGGCUGCUUCCCUGCCCUUGCCAGCCCCCACCCCUCUCCGCUGCACUGUGUUGGGCAACACCAUCUACUGCCUUAACCCCCAGGUCACUGCCACCUUCACAGUAUCUGAGGGGACAGCCCAAUUCCAGGCUAGGGAGCUGCAGCCCUUCCCUCUGGGGAGUAAGGGCAUCCUUUGUCCAUUCAUCCUGACUCUGCCCCAUGAGGGCUGGCUGCAGACCUCCCUAUGAGUGGCCAGU